AUGGUUCACAAAAAAUUCGAAAAUCCAAUUUCGUCCAAGGAAUCUCAUUGGAUUGACCGUACUCCCCACCCAUCAGCACGAAAUUAUCUCGACGAAAUGGCACCGAUCAACGGAUUUCACGAGGAUAAUGACGAAGCGAUCCGUCUUCGUGACUCGUUUCGUGAUGAAGUAUCGAAACGAAUGGGUGAAUUGUUGCUGAAAGGACAAACUAUGCUCGAUGAAUACUGUCCAACAUGCAGUGGAAUUCUAAUGGAAGAUCGUACAGGUGUUCGUCGUUGCGUCACAUGUGAACUGUUCCGUGAGAAAACAUCACAUAUCGUUGCUGAGAUACCACUCCAAGAAGAAGAUCUCCAAGAGGCAGUCGAUCAGUCACCAGCUCGGGAAACCGCCUCAGCAGAAACAACACCUGCAACUAGAAAAGCAAUCGUUCCAAAAGCAGCACCUGUGGUCAAGAAAUCGAAGAAGAUCGCUGAGAACACCAACGGAAAUGACUAUACUGAUACAAUUGUAUCAGCGAAAAGCGCCGUUAUGCGGAAGUUAGAAUGGGCAACUUCUCAGCUAGAUUCAACCGAAGACACAUCUCGUGUUUUCGAUUUUCUUACUGUUAUUCAAAAGUCUGCCGAAACUUUGCAAGCUCUCCAACUCUGA